CGUAUUUGUUGUUGCGCCGACAACAACAACAACACCCGGAGAGCCUCGUCUCGUGUCUCACUUCCUGGACUGGUCGUCGUCGCGCGCAGGGAUCCAUCCAUUUGUCGCCAGUCGCCAGGAAUCCAGAUCGCUUGGUCGGCUUAUUCCCCGACAGGUUCAUUGCGGGUCCAAAAGGACUAGUGCCAGCCCGGAUUGUCUUCUUUUCUUCCCUUCUCGAUUUUCUAUCUCGAUCCAGUUCGAUUACACCAUUCCCGCGGCAGUCUCAAGUCGCGCAGCCACUUAUCCACUCGUACGCGCAUUACAUCGCCCGGUCAAUCAACAUGGUUUCUUUCUCCUGCGAGGCCUGCGGUGAUAUCCUCACCAAGAAGAAGCUCGAUCCCCAUCGCAACCAAUGUCGCGGCGCUACUUUCACCUGUAUCGACUGCAUGGUGCACUUCUGGGGCACUGAAUACAGAUCGCACACGUCAUGCAUGUCCGAGGCGCAGAAGUACCAGGGCGCGCUCUACAAGGAGAAGCCUGUGAAGAACCAACGGAAACAACAAAACAAUCCCAAGCAGAACCAGAAGCAGAACCCCCAUGGUCACCGUGCUCCCUACGUGGAAGAUGCGAACGAUACCGAUAACCCGCCGCCGGCUCCAUCCCCCCCUCUGGCCGGCGCUGGCAAGACCUCGGGUGCCCCCGCCGCCGAUGGCAACAAGCCGGUCAACGUAUUCGAUUACAUGGUCGCGGAGAAUACCCCCAACGCGUCGAAAGUCUCUCUUGGCGGGUCCAAGGAGCAGAUGAAGAUGGUGGCCAACGCUCGUUCCGUUUUCGAGCCAAGUGACUCGCUGGCGCGCGUCGAUACUGAUGCCGAUGAGGAAAGCAAAGCCUAUGAUGUUGCAUACGAGGAAAACGGCUUCUCCUACGGAACUGGUCCCAUCAAGGAGUCGGGCAAGGUCGCCAAUGCCUCGGUGGAAUUCAUGACACCUGCGCCGAAGAAGAAGAAGGAUCGCUCGCGCGAGGCCAAGGCCAGCGCCACCACCAGCGAAAAGAAGCGCAAGCGUCGCACCGAGGACCAUGACAUGGAGGACGCCGAUACGCCGAUGAUGGAAGCGCCGUCUAGCGUCGUGAACCACCCGGGCACUCCCAUGCUGAACCACUCUGGGUUGACGGGGGGAUUGAACCGGAUGCUCCGCUCGCCGUCUGUCGACGAUGAAGGGCGCGAGGACCACCCUCGUCGGCGCUAUCAGGAUCCUUCGUCGCCCAUCAAGCGCACCCGGCGCGAUGAGAAGGAGGGCAAUGGGGACGCCGGCCUGGGUAUCUCCAUGAAGAGCCGUGCCGAACGUCUCGUCUCAUCCAUGUUCGGUGGGUCUUCCGUCUCCGGAAGCAGUGUGAACAGCCGCGAACCCUCGGCAAAGGCUGGGCGUCAUGAAGAUGGCCGGUCCAAGAAACUGCCCAAGGUCCGCACCGCCUCGAACGGGCAGAGCACGUCAUCCGAUGCUAGCAAGAGCAAGCGUAAGAGUAGCUCUCAAACCGACGGGGAUCGGCCCUCGCGUCGCCUCAAGCAGGUUGAGUAUUCCGAGUCUCGCCAGGGCGACGACGGCCGCGAGGUGGUGGUUUACCAGCAAAGCACCGUCCCGGAUGGCUUGCAGCGAGAGAUGGCCGCCCACUUCAUGUCCCUGGUAACCAAGGGCCCGGACAGCACGCGGGGAUUCUCGAUGAACAAGGUCUUGAAGCGGUUCCAUCGCGACUUCACGGACGAGUAUGACGGCGACCGUGGACGCGACCAGGGCGACAGUCGUGCGGAUCGGGAACGGAGAAUCGACGACGAGAAGGAGUUGUGGCGGACAUUGCGGGUGAAGCAGAACGAGCGGGGCGAGGUCGUGCUUUUCUUCUGAUCAAUCGUAGGAUAGGGAGGAUGCCUUUUUUUUUUUUUUUUUUUU